UCUCUGCAUGGGUUCGGUAUUCUCCCACAGGGCUCAACCUCUGUUUACUUCAUCAAGGUUUGGGAAUACGUAAAGUACGACUUUAGUUUAAUAGCUAAUGCAGGAUUGAGUGACCGACUGCAUUUGAGAUACUGGUUGGUUACAGAAGGCAAAGGGCACUAGAACGUCUUAUAAUUUACAGUACUUGCUUAUACUGGACCUUGGAUUGUGUGUGUGGCCUUGUCAGUUUGGGAAGGAAUGCUAUACUGGGGAGUGAAGCAUUUUUUCCCCCUCUGGCAUACAUGCUAUGCUUUUGCUUCUCCGAUUAUCUAGUUUAGUCUCUCGUUUGCUACUUUUCAGCAUUUGUAUUGAUGUAAACAAUGCUGUGCUAUAUAGUAUUCUGCUGAAGUUGCAUGCCUGCUUGUGAAAGUGCAUUUACAUAGCUUUUGACACCUAUUCUUUAAGUACACUGUGUGUGUUUGCGCUCGUGUGUGAUAAAAAUGAGUUUACAUACCCAUCCUUAGUUAAAUAAAAGGUGCCUGACGGCAUCGAAACCUGCCAUGUAUCAACGCUUGCUCACACGCCCUUUACCAGCCUAUAGUGUUAGCUCUCUCUCAUAUCUGUUGCUAGAGGUAGCAGCCAUAAUGUUAUCAUUACAUUCAUGUUAUUUGAGGUUUGCUUUUAAUGUAUUUUAUAGCCGCACUUCGUGUAGGAUAGUUCCAUUUACAUGAUUACUUUAUCACACACACGGUGAACGAGACUGAGUUUCUGUGUCACAAAAGGCAGUAAAGCCUGAGACUAACAAUAUAUGCCACAGGGAAGGGAAAGAGAGAGGUGUGGGAGGCCAACUCCUACUAACGGACUAGUAUUUAAUUAACUGUGAUUUUACAACUUCGUUUGGGUCCCAGUUACACAGGGAGAAAGGGAGAGUGCGACGGAGAUAAGGGUUGACUACAAACAGAACCCAUGGAGGGAAGGGGAGUAGCGUUAGGUGAGGUUAUGAGUAAGAGUUUUGCUAAACAUUCAAGUGCAGGUUAUGGGAGUAGGACCUUGUGGCACUUCCUUUGGAUGCCUCCUUUGGUUGUACCAGUUUUUCAAGUCCUGUUUUUUUUUAACUGUAUAAAAGUUGUUACAACAUUGUUCCAGGCUGACAGGUGACCAAUGGACUGACGGAGAGAGAAACCGAGUGAUCAGAAUAAGAGAAGGAGUAGUAAAGUGGAGGAUAGAAAGAGAAGAUAAUUGUGUGAAAGAGUCAAGUGAAGUUUAUAAUAUGACCAGGUCAAUUGAGUGUCUUUAGAUGCACUUGAAGAGGAUUUGGAGUGGUUUCUACAUUGGCUGUUAGUUACCUGUGCUAUGAAGCAGCUCGUUGGGGGAUAGCUGAAAAUAUUGAAAGUAUUUUAUUACAACUUGUAGAACAAGGGACUCAUAUCUGGCAGGUUAUUUUCCAUCAGUACACAGCCUGACACUUGUAGGUGUUCUAUUCAUUUAUUGUUAGAGUAUCUAGGAGGAUCCAAGGACCUCUGCCUUUUGAUACUGCGCCUAAUUGCCUUCGGACACUUUUGAGGACCGUUUGUUGAGGAGAAUUGAUUAUGGCCAGUUUCCUGUACUUUAUCCUUCCGGCCCUAGGGGGCUACACCCUGACGUCGCUCUACCUGUUGAAGAACCCUCAGAUCCUCCACAAGAAGAAACGGGCUGCCUUCCACUGCACCCACAUCUCACACAGAGGAGGAAGCGGCGAGAGGAUAGAGAGCACCAUGGAGGCUUUCACACAUGCGGUGGAGCAGGGUACAGGAAUGCUGGAGCUGGACUGUCACCUGACCCUGGAUGGUCAUGUGGUCGUGUCACAUGACGAUAACCUCCUGAGGCAGACUGGCCAUGAUGUCACCAUCUCCUCCCUAAACCUAGAGGACUUACCCUUGUAUAAGGACAGACUGGAGGUCACGUUUAAUGAAGGCCGCUACAGCACCGGAACAGACAGGAAGUUCACCCUGUUGGAGGAAGUGUUCAGGAAGUUCCCUAAGAUGCCAGUCAACAUCGAAAUCAAAGAAGACAACAGCUUGCUGAUGGAGAAAGCGUCCAACAUGGUGAAACAGUAUGAUAGAGAGGACCUCACAGUGUGGGCGACUGAAGACUCUACCAUUAUGAAAAGGUGCCGCAGAACUAACUCCACCAUGCCCUAUAGUUUCAGUAUGAGACGAGGGCUGCAGCUGCUCCUCCUUUACUACAGCGGCCUGCUGCCCUUUGUACCGCUGGGAGAGAGCUUCCUGCAGUUCUACCUGCCCCGCAUCAUUAACAGGACAUAUAUUCCUGAGGAGCGUCUUCUGAAGAACAGAAUGGUCAUCUAUCUGAUAGAAAAAUUAACGAUGAGGAAGAGUCUAUUCAAACAUCUGGCCAAAAGAGGAAUUCAGGUGCACCUGUUCGUCUGCAACGAGGAUCCUGACAUCGAGGCGGCGUUCGAAGCAGGAGCCACAGGCGUCAUGACAGACUACCCCACCCUCCUGACUGACUACCUACACAGACACAGGAGUCAAGACUGACAGCCCAAACCUCCAAUCAAACUACUAAUUCACAAACAGGUUCUUAACUGACAACUAAAGCUACCUAUCAAGAGACCUCCACUUGAACAUUGUGUAUCACAGAAAGAACGGCGGCACGAGCAGUGGUGUGGGCUGGUAUGGAUAAAACGCCAGGGUCGAAUUCUUGUCCCAGUCCAUCCCUGCGGCCCAGCUCACUAAUAAUCACCUUUUUUUCCCCUUUUUUUUUUGACAGCGGGGACAUAUGACCUUGUUUAUCCAGUGGCUUUAUUAUUAGGCCUACAGUUUAGUUAUUGUGUUAUGUAGCAAGUAAACUGUAGCUAGUAUACUGUAUUGAGCUACAGUAUCAUAUCCAUAGAAUUAGGAAUUAGAAUAAUUUUAUAGGAUCUCUGAUCUUUCUCAUGCGUGACCAAGGACAACAUGGACAGGAUUCAGAUGACUCCUACAUAGCUUAACCUAACGUAGCAUGUGUAGUAGAAAUGCCUGAAACUAGUUCCCCUACAUACUGGUCUUGACGAGAGAAAAAAAACUUGUCGGGGGAGGUUCUCUUCUGCACUGUUCAACCAAUCCAGUAAAUGUGGAGGAGGAGAACAGAUGGAGUGUCGCCCUACCUCAGUGGAGUAGGCUUGUUAAAGUCCAAAAGAGGAAGUUGAGUCACAGGCUCUGUUUCCAUUUCCCCUGAAACCCGGAACAUCUGGUUGUUGGGGACUCAGCAGAGAUACUUAGAAAGUAGAAGAUAGGAAUCCCAGUGGCCAAUGAAUGGUGAAACGUAUAAUGCCCCACUAGCAGACUGUUGGCCAAUCGCGUUCACGUUGUCAUUCUGCGUCAUGCGGUUGCUAAACUAAUCGUCAAGCAAUCCCUUCUUAAAAGUCAGGGUAUGACGCCACAUUCAUGUGCAAGUCGGACCUAAGAAACUCGGACAUUUCCGACUUGCUAACUGGUUGUAGUUAUAUACUUACCACGUUCAACGAAUCAGCAAGUCGGAAAUGUCUGUGUUUCCUAGUUCCGUUUAGCAUAUGAACAGUACCGCCGUAUGAGUCAUAAUACCCAUAAAACCUUGCAGUGAAACCAAUCGUUUUUCCACCGUUAAUUUUUCCCAUAAGUGAUUUUAGAAAUACUUAAGUAAUUUUUUUGUGGUAUCUGUACUUUACUAUUUCCAUUUUUGACAACUUUUACUUAACUACAUUCCUAAACAAAAUUCUGUACUUUUUACUCUAUACAUUUUCCCUGACACACACUUUCUUAGGACAGAAGAUGGUCCCAUUUGCACUCAUAUCAACAGAACAUCCCUGGUCAUCCCUAUUGCCUCUAAUCUGGCGGACUAACUAAACACAAAUGCCAUGUUUUUAAAAUACUGUUGGAGUGUGACCCUGGCUAUCCGUAAAUAAAUUAAAUUGUCCUGUCUGGUUUGCUUAAUAAGGAAUUAAAUUAUUUGUAUAUUUAAAACCAAAUACUUUUAGACUUUCUCAAGUUGUAUUUUACUAGGUGACUUUCACUAGAGUCAUUUUCUAUGAAGGUAUUAAAGUAUGUGAAUUGAGUACUUUUCCACCACUGGUAUCAUGUAGGUUUACCCUGGCGUGAUGUUUUGAUAAUCGUGUCAAUCUCUCCCCCCGGGAUGGUUGAGCUAACAUAGGCUAAUGUGAUUAGUAUGAGGUUGUGAGUAACAAAACAAAAUCCCAGGACAUGCACAUAUCUGAUAUGGGCAGAAAGUUAAGUUAAGAAUGUAAGCUAUCUAAUGUUAGCUAAAUUUAAUAAUGAAUAAAUUGGCUUCAUUUCUUUAAAAUUGUCACAAUACCUGUUAGUAAAGGUGUCAGCUAGAGAUGACAUGC